AUGGCGGGGACUGAGUGCGGGGCGGCGGCGCCCGCGGGGACAACGGGUCCGGGGGGUCCUGGGGGUCCGGGGCGGCGGCGGCGGCGGCAGCGGCAGCAGCAGCAGCCGCGGGGGAAGCAGCACUCGGCCCCGCGGCCCGGGCAACACGGCAAAGAAAAGAAGAAAGUGAAUUGCAAGCCCAAGAACCAGGACGAACAGGAAAUCCCUUUCCGACUCCGAGAGAUUAUGAGGAGCCGCCAGGAGAUGAAAAACCCCAUCAGUAACAAGAAGAGGAAGAAGGAGGCCCAGGUGGCCUUCAGACAGACAUUGGAGAAGGAAGCAAAGGGAGAGGAGCCAGACAUCGCCAUCCCCAAGUUCAAGCAGGGGAAGUGGGAGUCCGAUGGGGCCUACAUCCAACGCAUGGAGCAGGAGGCCCAGCAUGUGCUGUUCCUCAGCAAGAACCAGGCCAGCCGGCAGCCAGAGGCACAGGCUGCUGCCAAGAAGGAGAAGUCAGAGCGGAAGAAAGCGUUCCAAAAGCGGCGACUGGAUAAAGUCCGGCAGAAAAAGGAGGCGAAGGCGGCAGAAAGGCUAGAGCAGGAGCUGCUCCGAGACACGGUGAAAUUUGGUGAGGUCGUCUUGCAGCCCCCAGAGCUGACUGCCAAGCCUAGGAGGAGCACAAGCAGGGACCAGCCUGCCAAGAAAUCACUCAUGCUGAGGACGCUUUUGAGCCCUGUUGGUGUGUCCCAGCCUCUGGCCACCUCGCUGGCCCGACAGCGGAUCAUGGGGGAGGAGCGAGAGCGGGCUGUGCAGGCCUACAGAGUGCUGAAGAGGCUGAGGCAGCGGCGGCAGGUGGCGCUGGCGCGCCAUGAUGGACAGAGACCCGGGGCCUGGCCCGUUCUCCUGGGAAACUAGCACUGGGGGCUGCUGCGCCCUGGCGGAUGGGGGCACAUGGGCAGAUCCUGUUCCCUGGACUCACUCCGGGACUCCCAGGGGCUCACAGUCCAGCUCAGUGUGGGGAGAGGUCUCCAGUCGUUCCUCUCAUGUUUCCCCUCUAAAGACUUCUUAUUCGUGAGUGACCACUGAUGGGCCCUGCAGAUGGUGGAGACGCACUGCCAGUGGGAUCCCGUGCCUCAUGGCCCUGAGCCUGACAUCACUCACAGCUUCAUUUGAAACAGAGAAGUCCAGGCUCAGACAACCCAGGGCCACUUCAGGGAGGGCCAAAUCCUGUGAUCCUGACCCUAAAUGCCAAUUAAUUAUUGAAACUGCUGGUUUAGGUCAGCUCAGUGGAUUCAACAGCACAGCACAAAGCAGCACAGCUAGGGGCAUGAGCCAGGCAGAGCAGGUAAGCCGGCCAGUGGAAGAAAGACCCGGGGCAGGGCUGCUGGGCAGCAGGGAGACCACCUCCAGGGUCUGUGGGGGGACCGUGACAUCAGGCCAGUUGGUAAUGGUCCCUGCAGAGGCAGGUGGAGCCCCACCGAGGCUUGGUAUGGUGGAGACUGAUGACAGCACCCACACCAAAAGUGUAGGAAAAGGUUGUUGCCUUCAGGACAGGUCUCAGAGAGCAGGGCAGGCCUCUCAGGCGGGUCUGAAGAGACUUGGGAGGGCAAGGGCUGGAGCUGGGCCUGCUGCUGCUGGAGUUAGAGAGCUGGCUGCUGAGAGCAACGCCCCGGGCAGGGCCUGGCCAGGCUGUUGGCUUCUCCAGGCAAGGGCAGAUGGGGAAGAGGGAGGGAUGUGGCUCCAAACUUAGUCUCCCAUCCAGCAGGAGCCCACCACU